AUGAUAUACACAUCUUACUAUGAUCAACAAGUUUUAAACGAAAUUAGAAAUGAUACUAACACAGUAACUAAUGCUAGUAAUACAAAUCGUCCAGUAACUAAACCUAGUAAACAGUUACCGGAAAAAGCCGUUCAUCUUAUGAAUACAUGGUAUGCUGAACAUGAAGAUAAUCCAUAUCCAAAUCGUAAUGAUUUGGAUUAUUUAGCAACAAAUGGUGGCAUUAAAGAAUCUCAAGUAAAAGCAUGGUUUUCAAAUAAACGUAAUCGAACACAAAAUACACAUCCGAAACGUGCAAGACGUUAUCUCGUACGAAAUCAAACACAACAAAAUCCAUUGGUGUGGAAUGAACCUCAAAAAAUUCAUGUAGCGGAUGAACUGGAACAACGAGCACGUAUAAUACAUCAACAACAACAACAACAAAUUCAUUUAAAUACUCAGCUAUCAUCAAUACCUCCAACAAACUUGCCAUGGUUGCCAUCAAAUUCUUAUGAUUAUUAUCAUUCUUAUUAG